UUUUUGUGAAUUUUGUGGCUAAAAUGCGGCUGUUGGCGGCUGAGUGCGUUUAUAAAUUGUGCUGGGCCCUGGGCGAACGUAACUCGACAUAGUUGGCUGUUUUUAAAAAGCGAGAAACGAAAUUAAAGCAAUUCAAAUUCGAUAUUUUAGUCUAAAACACAGCAACAUUGCGAGCGCUUCACAAAGCAACAAAACAAACCAAAUAAAUCAUAAAUAUAUAUAUAAACUAAACUAAAGUGUCGCGAGUGUUUCGUGUGAACGUGAGACAAAAUGCUAAAGUUAUUCAAGAAAACCAAAGACAAAAUUCCCAAAUCGGAGAUCAUCAACGAGCCCAAAGAGCCCCAAAAGCCGGCGGUCUCCAAAUGCGGCAAGCCCCUCCUGCUGGACAACUCGCGCUGGGAGCGCCGUUUGCACAAAGAACUGAUGUCCCUGAUCAAGGAGCCACCGCCAGGCGUGACUGUUGACACCGAAAGCGUACAGCAAAAUUUAUCAGAAUGGAAAAUAAAUAUUAAAGGUUUCGAGGGCACACUUUAUGAGGGCGAAGACUUCCAGCUGCUGUUUAAAUUCAACAAUAAAUAUCCCUUUGAUUCGCCAGAGGUCACUUUUAUUGGCAGCAAUAUACCCGUGCAUCCGCAUGUCUACAGCAAUGGUCACAUCUGCUUAUCCAUAUUGACCGAGGACUGGUCGCCGGCGCUGUCGGUGCAAUCGGUGUGCCUUAGCAUAGCCUCCAUGUUGAGCAGCUGUCGCGAGAAGAAGCGACCGCCGGACAACACACUCUACGUGAAGACGUGCAACAAGAAUCCCAAAAAGACUAAAUGGUGGUAUCACGAUGAUUCUGUUUAGUUAACGUUGCAAUUUAUGACUACUGCCUGCUGCUUGCGUUGCGCCUACACAAAACUCACGAACUCAACACAUCACAAACAAAAACAAACAAA